CAACCUUCCCCUACGAAACGCCUCAGCCGCUUUGCAAGUCGGUUAGCGUCGCUGUGAAAGACUCGAAGCCUUUCCCGGCGUUUCUUAUUAUCAUAAGAAAGAAGAUUGAAGUCAUUAUUCUCUUUUCUUGGUAACGAUGGAGAGUGCACAGAUUGAAACCCCAAAACCCUCAGAGACUUAUUUCUCUUUCACUCGCCGUCGGUCGCCGCUCAAGAGUGAAACUUACUACACGCUGGCUCGAAUUCUUUCCCAUUGCUACGACAAGUCGCACAGCUCUCACGCUGCUCAAUUUGCACCUCAGGAGCUAAAUCCAGAUCAUGGCAGCGAUGAAGUGGCGCGAGCGACCGGGAAAGAAGAGUGUGAGAGUGUUGAAUUGAUCGGUCCUGAUAGAAUGGAGUGCCAAAAUUUGGCAACUCGGAAAGAGGCAGUGUCUGAUGAGAGUUGUGAAGCCAUUGGGGCUGAAGAUGGAGGAGUGUUUGGUGAUGCACAACAUGUAGUGAUAGAUAUAGAGAGAAUAUUGGCCAUAGAAGAAAGCGAGGAUGUGUUGGAACCGAUGGAUGUGAUGUUUGAUGAGAGCGAUGAAGGGACUGGCUUCCAAGAUAAAAGGUGUUGUAUGGAAAAAAUGUUAAUGGACGAGUUGGAGCAUAUUAUGAAAGGCGAUGAAGUUCUAGAUGAGAAUGUGAUCGGUGAAGUUCUAGAUCCAAGAGGGAGUGGCAAAGACAACAGCUUGUCAUUGAAGACUACUUCGUUGUGUGGAGAGCACAAAAUGCAGCAGGCGGACAUGGAAGUGGAGAAGUCGGUUUCUUCUGGCUGGGUAAUGGAUUUCCCUAUUCCUAUUGCCGAGAAUGCAGAAACUGAGGAGGGAGAAUGCUCAAAUCAAAAGAUUUCUGAAGCCCCCAGUGUAUCGUUAGAUAAAGAGAUGACCGGGGAACCUCCAAAACCAAGGGAGAAUAUGGAAGAAGAAAGUUUGUUGCCGAAAACUAAUUCAACCAAGAGAGAAUUGGAGAAAUCAGUUGGUAAUAGUGACUCAUUGGAAUCUCCCAAUCACAUGGCUGAAGGUGGAGACAUUGAGGAAGGUGAAAUUUCUGGCGACUAUGGAACUUAUGACAUGUCAUUGGAUAUGCCUGUAGAAGAUGCUAUGGUGUCAAAGGAGAAGAACGUAGAUGAGAUGCAAGUAUCUCCAGAUAUAUUUGAUAAAAAAGAGUUCCUUAAUGAUGACCAGAAUGGAGCAAACAAAAAAAGUUUUGAGUUCACUUCUUUGAAAGUGGACACACACGACAAUGCCAAUACUAGUAGAGAAGUUGGACCAGAGAUUAGUAAUGGAAACAAGAUGGCAUCUAGACCUGAAGCUGUUGUUCAUGAAAAAUAUAUGAGAGCUAAAAAGGCUUAUAGGGAAGACCUUUUGCUAAAAGAUGGAGGAACCAAGGAGGCUGCUGGUUGGCCACCAGCUUGUCCUAAUAAUCUAGACUUGCAUGGCCAAAUAUCAGAGAAAAAUACAACUGGUUCCCAUGGAAUCACAUCUACAGAAGUGCUGCAGCAAGAUGCUAGUUCCUGCAAAAAGAAAAAGCGGUCUCUUUCUAAAGAAAGUAAAGCAAAGAAAAAGCACAAAGAACGAAAGAAACGAGCAGAAAAGAACAGAGAGCUUGGUGUUAAAAGGUUGAAAUUGCAUCCAGUAUCGAAGCCAAAAACUGUGACAUAUUGCCGCCAUUAUCUCAAGGGAAGGUGCCGCCAGGGUGACAAGUGCCAAUUUUCACAUGAUACAGUACCUUUGACAAAAUCCACGCCCUGCUGUCAUUUUGCACGUCACUCAUGCAUGAAAGGGGAUGCCUGUCCAUUUGAUCAUCAGCUUUUUAAGUAUCCCUGUGACAAUUUUGUUAAAGGUUUCUGCAGCAGAGGUGAUGCUUGUAUGUUUUCACACAAGAUACCAACCACGGAAGAUUCAAGAACUGCUUCGAAUGAUUGCAAACCUGAGUUGAAGUAUCCAUCCUUGCCAGGUAAUACAAAUAUUAAGAUGCAACUGAAUGUUACCAGUAGCUCCCUGCAGAGUGUUGAUGCCUUGUCCAACUCUGUGGGAGCACAUCCUCACACGAAUGUGAAGACUCUAGUGAAACCACCUGCACUUGUACCAAAAGGAAUUAGCCGCAUCCUCACUGCUGAGAAAUCUGCAGCGGUCAAUUCUACUAUGCUUAAACAAGGGAGGUCCUCUCCAAGUGGGAAUGAGGGUGCCAAAGUUGGGAAUCAGGCGGUCCCAAGUAUAUCAGACACAUUUCAAAAAAUGGAUGAGACUCCAAAGAGAACUUCGCCAUGUGUGGUACCAAAGGGAAUAAAUUUUCUCUCCUUUGGCAAAGGUCCAUUGGAUGAUUCUGUUACUAAAAAAGUGGCUAGCUUGCAUUCAAACAGGGGCAGUGGUACCAAAUUAACUUUAGCUGACAAUUUAAAUUUGCAGAAACAAGCUAGCUCGUCUCCAAAUAUUGAUGUUAGCAUCAAAGUUGGUAACCAGACAAGCCCAAGUGCAUCAAAGACAACUCAAAAUUUGAAUGAGAUGCCAAAGAAGACACAACCUGAAGGUACACGACAGGGAAUGAACUUUUUGUCUUUGGGAAAUACCUCGGUAGAUCAUUCUAGUAGUAAGAGAAAGGCCAGCUUCCCUUCCAGUUGCGAUACUGGUAUUGAUGGAGCCGUUCUAGAGGGACAAACUGCAGGUGUUAAAUCUCAAAACUCAAGUGUAUUCUCAUUGAGGCUGCCAGCUUCUCCACUUGCUUCCGGUCAAUCAUCAGACGGCUUAGCAUCUGUGAAAUACAAAGAUGCACCAAACUCAGCUCAGAAGGCACACUCAUUGAUACUAUUUGCAACAAAGUAUGAAUCAAAGAUGAAAAUGAAUCGGUCUGUCGGUGCUCUUGAUGUUGGUAAGGAAGGUACUAGUAAUAUCACUAGAAGUUCCCAGAAUGAUUUGGCAAAAGCUUCAAAAAUUUUGGACUUCUUGUCUAGUGGUGGUAGUAAAAAGUAAAGAAUAAAACCCUUAGUGGUAGCCAAACCCCAAUGUGGUCGGGCUGUGGCUUUGAUGUCUGAUCAGUUCGAGUAAAACACAGCAGUAUUGAGGAAAAGACAUUUAAUAGUUCAUGCUUUCUCUUUUGUCCUUCAGUGGCACAAUGUUGUAUUUUUUCAGCUUAUUUCCAGAAGCCGUCAAUCAGAUGGAAUGGCUGCAUUGUGAUUGUGAAGUUCAUUGAUUAUGAUCGCUUGAGAUCUUUGCUUUGAAGGGAUUUCAGAUUGAUUUUAUUCUUUGAGAUAUUAUAAACCAGUUCUAUAGAAAAGCCAGUCACUUGUGACUAUCAUCUUAAAGUUGAGGCUCUGGGCAAAAGCAGAUGACCGCAGUGAUGGUUUUAUGGAAAAUAUCCACCUUUGUCACCCUUGUGAUCUGUUUUCAGCCGGCCAACUUGCGAUGGGAUCUUGAUGAUCAAGUUACAGAUGCCAAGUCCUUGCAGGUUCUUUUUUUAUUGGGAAGGCCUUUGCAGCUACUUAUUCAGGCUUUUCUGUGCUUGCAAUUCAUGUGAAACGAUUAUGCAUCAUAGAAAUUCAUGGAAUAUUCUAUGUAGUAGCGCUUGGCUCUCGCUUUUGGUUUGGACGAAGGCAUAGGUUGUGUUUGAAGUUUGCUCGGUGUGGGACUAUCUGUGGUGUAUGUGGGCCGUAAUCUGGGCUUAGUGGAUGGCCAUUCCUUUCGAGUUGCUGACCUUGUCGAGCAUUUUGAGUAGUGCUGUUACUAUCAUGGAAAAAACUAUGAUCAUUGUCCAAAACAUAAAGGAAUCUGUGUUAUAAUGUUCAGGGGCCCAUAUCUAAAAGUAAUGUGACAGCGAAAUCAAUGGGUAUCAUGAAUGGCUAGGUUAGGUGUCCCGACCACGCUCGUACGAAAUUGAUUUUGACUACAAUAUCAAGCAACUCACACAUGGAGAGUUCUGCUCUCAUGUGACCUUGUAUUGCAAAAUCCCUCCCAUUUCAUAAUUGAGUGUAG